UGCCGGACCCCUCGCCCGCCCCCGCCGCCCUUCUCCGCCCCGGCCCCCGGGAGGAUGCGCCGCCGCCCGCGGGCCCCACGAGCCAGAGGGCGGAGACCAUGAAGGAGCCUCCCCGCCGGCUGCUGCUCCUGGCUUCCUCCUGCUUCCUCCUGGGCUGCCUGGCCGGAUUACCCAGCUGGCAUGUCUUUUGUAAAGAGAGUCCUUCCUCUGGCUCUUUGCAUUUACCAAAUGAGAACUGUCCCUUGGAAAACAUGGACAAGAACAUCCAGGAAAAGGAGGAGACCCAUGGAUCCAUUGGAACAUUGUCUUUGGAACACAUUGACUCCAUUAUAAACACCCAUCCUGAAGAAUGUUUAGUUGACUGCACAAAGCAAAAAGAGAACAUGGAGAUGGAGGAAUUGAGGACACCUGAAGUUGAGGCACAGUCUUCAGUGGAUUCCAGUGAAGGUUCUUUUAGUGUAGCUGAUAUCCCUGAUAGUACUUUCAGCAUAUCUACCUCGGAGAUCUCACCAGUCUCUCAGCCCAAUGCAAUAGAAAACUCCAGUGCUGAUAUCCCUGUAGCUAGCUCUGCUGAAGCAGAGAAGUCAGAGCCUGACUGUGACCUGGGUGGGGCACUUGAGGGCCAGCCUCAGGGUGACUCUUCGUCUCUUGAUACUUCUCCAGAGGGCCUUGUAGGUCAACAUAUAGAAAAUAUAUCUUCACAUGGAAAGGGAAAGAUAACUAAAUCAGAAUUCGAACCCAAAGUUCCUGCAACUGAGCAAAAGACCACUCCAAAAUCUGCACUGAAUGCUUCGGGUAACAUAAGAGGGGAGAGAAAAGUAGGAGAAAUUGACCCAACUUCUGUAAUAAGCCCAAAGGAUCCAGGAGAUAUUCCCACUUUUGAUGAAUGGAAAAAGCAGGUUAUGGAAGUGGAAAAAGAAAAGAGUCAGUCAAUGCACCCAUCCUCCAGUGGAGGUCAGCCUCUCACAAAAAAGGUCCAGAAAAAUAGGAACAAUUAUGCUUCAGUUGAGUGUGGUGCCAAAAUACUGGCAGCUAACCCAGAAGCAAAGAGUACAUCAGCAAUACUAAUGGAGAAUAUGGAUCUCUACAUGCUGAAUCCAUGCAGUACUAAAAUCUGGUUUGUCGUUGAACUGUGUGAACCAAUUCAAGUGAAGCAGCUGGACAUUGCCAACCAUGAGUUAUUCUCCUCUACUCCCAAGGAUUUUCUGGUGUCUAUCAGCGACAGGUAUCCAACAAAUAAGUGGGUCAAGCUAGGCACUUUCCAUGCCAGAGAUGAGAGAAAUGUCCAGAGCUUCCCUUUGGAUGAACAGAUGUAUGCCAAAUAUGUAAAGAUGUUCAUCAAGUACUUAAAGGUGGAGUUGGUAUCACAUUUUGGAUCAGAACACUUUUGUCCUUUAAGCCUUAUAAGGGUGUUUGGAACUAGCAUGGUUGAAGAAUAUGAAGAAAUAGCUGAUUCACAGUACCAGUCUGAAAGGCAAGAGCUUUUUGAUGAAGACUAUGAUUACCCUUUGGACUACAAUGCAGGAGAAGAGAAAUCUUCAAAAAAUCUUCUUGGCUCUGCCACAAAUGCCAUUUUGAAUAUGGUGAAUAUUGCUGCUAAUAUACUUGGAGCAAAAACUGAAGAAGACUCAACUGACCAAGGAAAUAAAAGUGUCUCUGAAAAUACAACUUCCACUUCCUGGCCAGAACCUAAACUGCCGGAGCCCACUACCAUUCCCUCCUUAGAGCUUGUUACUUCAGAGAUCCUACAAAUGGAUAAAGAGCUGCUAGUCUUAGAUGCAACAAGAGAGAGCCCGAUUGUUCAGUUAGUCCAUGAAUAUGAAGAGGAAGCAAUUCAGUCCACAGUGACCUUACUGCCCAGUGAUGAGCAGGAAGAAGACAUGCCAUGGUUUGAGUCUGAAACACAAAUCUAUUGCUGCGAACUAUUGACAGUCUGUUGCAUUUCCAGUUUCUCAGAGUAUCUGUACAAGUGGUGUUCAGUGGUAGCGACACUUCACCGUUACCGUAGCAAAAGUGACACCAGUUGGGAAAAAUACUACUCGGCUGCUACUUGGCAGGCCCAGCUGGUUCCAACCAAAUUGUUGCCAGUUUUAGUGCAUGAACAUCCUUCAGAGAAAUUGGACACCUUAAUUGCAGAGCCAUCUGAAACUGUUGUCAGUGUCUUAAGUAGCAUCUUGAAUGGGGCUGUGAUCAAUCAGACGGAGGGCACUUUUGAACUGGAGCCCAGUCACCCACAAACUGUGUCUCAGUCCAUUCUCUUGGAUGCUACCACAGGAGCUGAGUCCCUGUCCACAGUUGCGGCAUCCUCGGAACCUACAAAACUUGAAGCCGUAUCUGAAACCCCAGAGGCCCCUUCACAAGAGGAAAGUCCUACUGAAGAAGAUGGAGUUGUUGGGUCUGCUGCAGAGAAUCCAUCUGCAACCAGCAUUGUAAUUGAAUUCAGUGACAUGAACACAGAUGAAAAAACCUCAACUGAAAUUAUUUCAAAACCGACAGAGACUAUUCCACAGUCUGAAUGUACAGUAGCUGCAGAAAGCUAUGAGGGCGAAGCAAAAAUUAGUUCUUCAGAUGCGGAAAAGCAAGUGGUGUCUCUUGUGGAAACAUCAUCUUUAGAAAUGAAGGACGAUGAGCAGACAGCUGAGGAAGCAUUUCUUGCGAUUCCUGUUUCUGGAUUGCCACGGACAGCUACAGAUUUUUAUGCCGAAUUGCAGAAUUCCACAGACUUGGGUUAUGGAAAUGGGAAUCUUGUUCACGGAUCAAAUCAAAAAGAGUCUGUGUUUAUGAGGCUCAAUAACCGCAUUAAAGCCCUGGAAGUGAAUAUGUCUCUCAGCAGCCGCUACUUGGAAGAACUGAGUCAAAGAUAUCGCAAACAAAUGGAAGAAAUGCAGAAGGCUUUUAAUAAAACUAUAAUAAAACUUCAGAAUACUUCACACAUAGCCGAACAGCAGGAUUUGAAGCAGACAGAGGCCAUCCAGCUGCUGCAGGCUCAGCUGACCAACAUGACACAGCUAGUCUCCAAUCUGUCGCUAACUGUGACUGAGCUAAAAAGACAGGUCUCUGAUCGCCACAGCUAUCUUGUGAUUUCCUUGAUACUCUGUGCCAUCUUGGGUUUGAUGCUCUUUCUUCAGCGUUGCAAAAAUAAAUCAGAGUUAAAUUAUGACUACUUCUCAAAAGUUCCCAAAAGUAAUCACUAUCCUAGUCCGAAAAGAUGUGUUUCUUCCUAUGAUGAUAUGAGUUUGAAAAGAAGAACUUCCUUUCCACUCACCAGGUCUCAGUCUUUUCAGCUGAAUAGUAAGGAAGUGGAUCCAGAGGACUUGUACAUUGUAGAACCACUGAAGUUUUCCCCAGAAAAAAAGAAGAAACGUUGUAAAUAUAAAAGUGAAAAAAUCGAAACCGUCAGGCCAGUAGCAGAACCAGUGCAGCAGGUAGCUAAUGGCGAAAUAAAAAGCAAGAAGCCCUUUACCAAUCAGAGAGACUUCUCUAAUAUUGGCGAUGUGUAUCACUCUUCAUACAAAGGUCCCCCGUCGGAAGGGAGCUCAGAAACCUCAUCACAGUCUGAGGAGUCCUACUUCUGUGGCAUUUCGGCGUGUGCAGGUUUGUGUAACGGACAAAUCCAAAAGACAAAAACUGAGAAGAGGGCUCUCAAACGAAGGCGAUCUAAAGCCCCAGAGCAGGAGAAGCUCCUAAAAACAUUAAUACAGACUAAGACGGGAUCCUUGCCAAGUCUGCACGAUAUCAUCAAAGGAAACAAGGAUUUAACCGUGGGAACACUCGGUGUCACAGCUGUUUCUGGGCACCUUUAAAACUAAUUGAACUCUUCCUAAUGGGAACUUUUUGUACGACAAAUCUUGUAGUAUUUGGGUUGACAGGGAAGGAGGGGUUGGCUAAUUGGGAAACAUUUAGAAGGUACAUUGGUUCUUUUGCAAAUAGAUAGGACUGUGGCAGCAACCACCCUUAGUUAAUAAGCCUCAGCUUUUCCAAGGCUCAUUUUCUAUGUGGAUAACUUUGGGAUGGGUGGAGAUGGCAGGGUCGGGACUCAUUUUAUACAGUGUUUUUCACAACUGCUGACGGUGAGGUCUUGAAACUCAUUUUGGGUGGAGCAGAGUUAAAGCAUAAAUGUUUCCCAUAUUGCUGUUCCCCUGUUUCUAGCACCUUCCCAUAUUUAUGUGCCUUUUUGUCUAUUUAUAAUACCACUGGAAGGGAGAACUAUUUUAUUUGUACCUUCAAAUUUUAUGGAAAUACAACACUACAGUGCUAGGGAAGAAGAUGCUGGCUUCCAGUGAGGUUAAGUAAUGUGACUGGGAUACUGUGGAAAUGCCGCCGGGUGGACUUUCUCUUUGAGAUCCACUUUGCAAACUCACUUGUGGCUGAUACAUCUUUGAUGGUACAGUAUCCCUGCUUGGAUGUAUUACUCAAAACAUGUUUUGUAGCCCAACUGACUUGAUUGACAGAGAUAAUUAACAUUAUGACCUUUAGUUGUCUUCCUGCGCUAAUAAAUUGGGAGGAAAGAACCAUUUAUGCCAGUUUUGGAUAAAACUGCCUAUCAGUAGAAAUGCACCAGUGAGUUUGUCAAGCUUCACGUUCUAUUUUCUGUUUCAAAAAGUAUGUUUAUAAAGUUUGCUUUUUGUAUUGAAUGACCUUAUGUUCUUUGUGUGUGUGCCAGUAUGCGUUUGUACUUUCUCUUGUGAGGUUUUUGUUUUUUUAAAAAAAAUUGCAUAUCUGGAAUGUGAGUACAUGAGAGUGAAUGUGAUAGAAGGUCCAUUUUGAGAGUUUAGAGGUUGUUGUAUAAGUUAACUUAUUAAGCACUUUUAGUAGAUCCUCCUUUGUUUUCUUUUCUUGAAAGAGCUAACGUCUUUUCCCAAAUAUCAUUCAUAAUGUGACUUAUUUAAAGCCUGUUUUGAAAAUUCCAUGUUUGAGUACUUUUUUACAGUGAUGAACUUAAGUAUGCACAGCUAGCCAGUCAAAGAAGUGGACCUGGUUUUGGGUUUGUUUGUUUUUUUAAUAACAAGGAUUAAGAAGUGGGUCCAAACCAGAAUGGCAAUCAUAACGGUGAUACUGUUUGCGUGAAGAAUACAAAAUUGAGGCACUAGAACUUGUAAUAAGUAACUACGGAUUUGUAGUGCCAGUAGAAACUGUGAAUUUCCAAAUAAAUCUGAACACUUGUCUUUAAAAUA